GGAGAAACUAAAAUAAAUACUCGUUAAGGUAUAUUAUUGUUAAUUACCCUCGCUUUUCCCGUUUCGGGCGUUGUCUGUGCUAUAUUUCUUUCAGUUCGAAACAGGUAGAUAAAGAAGGGAAUACAUGUGCGGGUGGAUUGUCAGGUUUUGUCUGAAUAUCAGCUGUUUUCCCAGAAUUUCAGCUUGUUUUUUGACAGAUCUCUGGUCCCGAUGCCAGGUGCAAGGCUGUUAUUCAUUUUCUAAGGUAUUCUUUGUUUAGGUUACCGUCAUCCCCAAACCGAAAGAUGACUUUUCUCAGUCUUAAAACCUACCAAAUCCAGUUCCAACCACGUUUCUAAACGCUCAAACGACUUUUUUUGUUUUUUGUCUCUUUGGUUUCUCCUAUCAAAAUUUUUUCGCCAUGUCGCACCAUCAAAACCAGGAAUCCCUGUUCGAAAAACUCGAAUCCAACGACAAAAAACUGGCCGAAGACACCAAGUACAGUAUAUGGGAACAGUUUUCCAAAACUCAGGAACCUUACGUUAUACAUGGUCUAUACGAGUACUACUUAAGCACAAGCUCAGUGAGAUGUAUAGAGAUAAUAAUUGCUUUAAAAGAACCACACCAGCAAUUUUUAUUUGACAGAUUAUUGGACUCAAUCAGGAACCCGAAAACGGAAUUGACCAUUAAGGUACAGGCUUUUACACUUUUGGGGCAUAUAGCCCGCAGUCAGCCGUCGUGGCUGUACAAAAUACAGGACCAUCCUUUGUUCAGGGAGAUUUUAAAAUUUUUAACUACUGAAACAGAGCUAUUGCCCCUAAUAAGUGCCCUACUAGUAUUAAUAAUUUUCCUACCAAUGUUUCCUACAGCGAUUGGUGAACAUUAUUUGAAUGAUAUAUUUGAAAUAUUCAGGAGGUUGGCCGCCUGGAAUUCUCACGUUCCAGGCAAGUUGGUCGAGGACCAAAUGAUUCAUUUGCAGGUGGCAUUGUACGCGCUGUUUUUACGAUUAUACGGAAUGUUUCCUCAAAAUUUCCUGUACUACCUUAGGAGCCAGUUCAAAGAUAAAAACAAUCCGGUGUUUUGUCACACAAUCAAGCCAAUGAUGGAUACGGUAAAGAUGCAUCCAUCUCUAGUGACUACCUCGAAAGAGAAUGAAACAACAACAGAGAGAUGGAAAAAAAUGAGCGUCCACGACGUUAUAGUGGAGUGUGAACGAUUCAGUUUGGACAUUACAGAUCGCUGCCCUCACGAGACCUGUCAAAAUACCACAGAGUUCCGUUCCAGAUCGGGUACCAUGAACUCGGCCAUUGUCGGUGAGUCUUCUUCGGCGUCUUAUCACCAGCAGAACCUCAGGUCUUUGGCUUCUCUGCAAAUGGCUGGUAACGAUGGUACGUUUUUUUCUCCCAGUCAGGCCUACCAACUGCACCAGACGCCGCCCAUCGUGGAGUCCCAGGCUACCAGUGUCCAACUGCGACACAUUCAGGUAAUCGAGGGGCAUUAUAAUAGAGGUUCGUACCCUUUGAGUCAAGAAGGGUCUCCGCCAGAGGCAGCCAUUGAAGCCACCCCAGAAACAACGCCCAUAAGGGACUUCAACACCACGCCCCUCGCUCUCACCACGCCCCCCACGACUAAAAGCAACGUUGCCAGAGCUCUCACGUCGUUCCGAACGAACGCUGCGGGUCAUAUAGUGAGCGGUACCCCAGCCAAUAGCGUGCCGUCGUCUCCGAUGAGGAAGGAACCGUCGCCCUUUGUGUUCCCGUCGAGCAGCGUGGUACUCAUGGGUAGCAACGACAACGGGUACCUGGGGGAGUACAACAGUAGGGCCGGGUCGGCCUUCGCCAGGGCCGGAGGCGUGGCAUUCGGUCAGCAUUUGAGCUACAGGCUGAGCCAGGAGAGGGCGCAAAUGCAGGUUAGCGAAAGUCCGGUUCAAGUUCUUAGUAAACCGCCUCCUUCGAGUCCUUUAAAAAUAAAACACACAGACCUAUCCAUGCGCUUAAGAACCGAAUCUCCUUCGGCUCAAGAGGACGAAGAAGUAUGCGGUUACUCCAGCAUUGCCAACAAGCACGAUUACACCAAGAAAAGGCCUGCCAAGUCCAGCAAUGAUAACGUUUUACCAGAUCUAGAUGACUCUGAUAACAACUUUAGCAAUGAAAUGGACCAAGGUUCUCCGUGCAGUGCUGGAGGUUUACACAUGCCCAACUCCAAGUCCUUUACGAAUUUCAAGAAGAGAAUAAGACAGUUCAGCCAUUCGAGUCAAUACAACACUGAACCGGAACAGACGGAGCUUUCUACAGGAAGCAGUCCCGGAAAUGGCGUGUUUUACUCUAGCAGUUCGACAGUUAGACGGGCCAAUUCGUGCCCUGACAUGAAGAAAAGUCCUCAGGCCCCUUUAAAAGACAACAAAAAGAAACCUUUUUACGAAACCGAUGAAGAAACCGUGUCGGAGGACCAAGUUUCGAAUACUUCGAACGGCGUCGAUUCCAAGUUCACCAGGAAGCAGAAGUUCCAGACUACUGAUUGCCACACUCAAACGGAAGUAUUCUGGCCCAUGCCCUACGAACACUUGUUCCUGACCAUAUUUCCUUCCUUGAAAGAAGAAGCUAACGAAACCAAAGCUAGCCCUUCGCCGAGUCCGGCACCUGUGCCCUACCAAUCCGUGGAACAGUACAAACCAUCCCUCUACGACAUUUUGGAUAGAUAUAUCGAAAACUGUGUUGCCACAUCGGACACAGGUCUACUGAAAAAUCAGCUGCAGUUGCUACACCAGCAGCUGCUGUUCGAGCGGCACAGGAGGGAAACGCACGCCUACAGAAACAGGAGGUUGCUGUCCGAUGCCAAGAGCACCAGGUUGCUGAAGGAAUACAAUUCUGCACUGAGGGACCAAGUUCAGCUCGAACAAAAAGAAAUAGACGAUCUCAGGCGGCAAUUAGAAGAGUUUAGACUAAAUUCUCUAGGUGAACAUAGGCAACUGAGUAACGACAUAGGGUUUUUGCAGGAUAAGUGCAAAUCUCUGACUGAAGAAAACGAUUUGUUGAACGAGAAGGUGAAACGUUUAGAAUCCGAAUACACCGAUUGCAAAAUUAAUUGCAGUACUUUGGAUAAGAGAAGACAGCAAGCUGAGGCAGCACUUUUAGACGCUUUGGCUGAAGUCAAGUUUGCGAAAGAACAGGCAAUGGCGGGCGAACAAGUAAAACAAGAACUGCAGAGGGUCAACAGGGAACUGCUUUUAAUAGGCGAACUGCACGUUAAAUAUAAGGAAAGGUUGGACCGAUUGAGCACUUUGAGACAGUGUGAAGAAGAAGUGAGGCAAAUUAAAGACAGUUACAAGGAGGAACUAAAAGCGAUGAAUCAUACAAUCGAAUUAAAAUCUGCUGCGGUAGAGGCGUACAAAAUGAAAGCCAUAGAGAUGGAGCAUCUGCUUCAAGCCAAAGACGAGGUGAUAUCCGCACAAAAAAGGACUUUAUCAUCUUACAAUGAGAAUGAGGAAGCUUUACUGGAGUCUAUCCAGAGCAAGUACGAGACGCAGCUCUCCGUGAAUUGCGUGCUGGAGGAGAAAAUCCUGGAGUUGAAGCAGAAGCUGGAGGCGGAAACGGCCCGGAGAAAAAUGAACUCCCCCGACACUUCGAGCUGCCACGAGGUGCAGGCUACCACGACGGCCGGUCUUAGCCCUCACUCGUCGCCGUUGUCCGCCUCGCUGGCGUCCUCGGCGGGCAGUACCACCGGGCCCAGAUAAGGCGCAGCCGAGCCGAGAAUGAAAACCGACUGAUUUUCCACUAUUGUUUUAGACUAGUUAGUUAUAAGCGAAAAAGAUCUUCGAUAAGGUUCGUGGAAUUGAAAAAGAAAUCGUUAAAAAUAAUUUUUACUCGAUUUUUUUAACGAACGUAUUAAGAAGAAAGACGAAAAAAUGAAACCUCAUUGUGUAAGUCGUAAACUUGGACUAUUUAAUGCCUGGACACUUUCUGUGAUCUGUAUUUUGUAGCCAACAUAGAAUUUUAUAUGAGUUGCCUGUUUUUUUAAAUAUUUUUAUUAAUUUACAAAGAAAUCAAUCUUCUUUGUUGUCUUACUCUCUUUUUAACGCAAGCAGGUUAUGUUGGCUUUGUACUAAAGACUUCAGAAAAGUGUCUAGUUGUUCUAUGGUCUAAGGUCUUAAAAUAUAUAAGUAUUGAACCUGGAUUUUAUGUUUAAGCUACAGACUCGUGCAACACUUUACUUGAAACAAUUUUAGAUAUACAGGGUGUUCACGUAUAUUUUAGGCAAUAACAAUUAUUUCUUUAAAAAAUCUUCCGUAAUUUAAACUUUGUUCUGAAACUAAUAUUUAGGGAAGUAAGUAGCUAUUGGUUAAAAUGCAUAUAAACACUCUGUACAUAAUAAUUGUCCAUAACAUUUUAUUAUAAAUACAUAUUAAUUACAAUGGAUAAAGGCAUUCCGUUUUGUAUAUGCCGUAAAAAAAUAAUUAUUUACUAUUUUAUGUACUGUUUUCACCGAAAACUUCCCUAAAUAGAAACAAAUUAAAUGCGACAAAUUUUUGUGUUUGUUCUUCGAUAAGAUAUUAUUAAUUAAGGUGAAAACAGACAUAAGGGAGUAAAACUAUUUUUUGGUGCAGCUUUUUUCAUGUUAUUUUUAUCUAUAACAAAAUUGUCCAAUCACUGUACAAAUCUAAGAAGUGUCAGAUUGUUGAUCUUUGACAAAGUAUGUUGCUAUGGCUAUUAUAUUGUAUUGUUAAAGAAACUGACUUAAAGUCAUUUUUAAUAAAUGUGUU